AGAAGUUUUUGAGUUAUUUUAAUGCAUACAAAAAUACACAAAUACAAAUCUUUCCUCUUUAUGAUAUUAGUACAGAUGACAGCUAUGUAGUUCAGUUGAAAACUUCUGUUUUCUAGCGUGUACUGAUCCUGUAAACGGCGAAACAAGGCAGAAGUGAGUAAGGUCUUUUAACAGAGCCAAUGCUUUUGAGAAAAGACGAACAAAAAUUUGAGAAUACAGUUACGUUUGUAUCAGUUAUUUUGUGAUAUGAUUAUUUAUCGCAUGGGUAAUUUGAAGUAAAGUAAAAAAUUAAUAACUUGAAGAAGUAGCGUCCCGGAUGAUCAGAAGCGAAGCCAAGGAUUCGAGCAGUGGCGUCCCCUCGCGGCAGUACCGAUCAAAAAAAUAAGCACGCGAGAACGGGCGAGCCGCAUUCCACGACUGGGUCGACGGCACGGCCCCGCGCGCACCGCUUCCCUCGCCCUCCAGUCGUUUGCGCGCGUCGUUCGCGAUAACUAGUCUACAUGUUGUCCGCUCCGAGCCGCGCGCUGUGUUUACAAUACAGUGUUGUUUGUUAUUGUUAAAAUAUAACAACGAGUGAUCUGUGCCAGUGACGGAUUUAAAAGUCGUGUCAAACAUUUCAUUACGAUAUUGUCAGUGAAUAUUAUAAACGAUUGUGAUACGCGAGGAACGAGCAACCACGGCGAGCGCCGAGCUCAGACCGGGUGAUGGUUGGGGCUUGCGGGUGAGCGCGCGGCGCGGCAUGCGGCGCGGGCGCGGGUGCGAGGCCGGAUGGCACGCGUGGCCGGCGGCGGCGUGCGCGCUGCUGCUGGCCUGCGCACGCGCACACGCCCUCGAACAUCUUGCACCAGGAGUAUGCCCGUCACUAGACAUACGGAACAAUGCGGACCAGAUGAUGAAGCUGCGCGGCUGCCGCGUGAUCGAGGGCCACCUCAGCAUCGUGGUCAUCGAACACCCGUCUUCCAACGCCUACGACAACAUGAGCUUCCCAGAACUAAGAGAAGUUACAGGAUACAUUACUAUAUAUAGAUUGAUGGGCGUGCGCAACCUCGGCAACCUGUUCCCAAACCUUUCAGUGGUGCGCGGCAUGCAACUCUUCAAGGAUUAUGCCAUUGUUGUCUUCGAUUGUCAAGAUCUUGAGUCGCUGGGGCUGCGGUCGCUGACGCGGGUGGAGCGUGGCGGCGUGCGCAUCCAGCAGAACGACCAGCUCUGCUACACCAACACUGUCGACUGGUCGCGCAUCGUGGCUGACGGCGACGACAACAUCUUGAUCCGGUCGAACUACGACACGCGACUGUGCGGCCUGUGCCCCAGCCCGCAGGGGCACAAGGAGGACACGCAGAAGGACUCCCAAUGCCCCACCGACAGCUCCGGCCGCCCUCUCUGCUGGGACAACCAGCACUGCCAAAAGACAUGUCCGAGCUCCUGCGGGGGGCGGUCGUGCACACGCAACGGUACUUGCUGCAACGUGACCUGCCUGGGAGGCUGCGACGGGCCGCUGGCGCGCGACUGCCACGUCUGCGCCAACUACUCCCUCGGCUACGGCGAGAACCGCACCUGCGUCACCUCCUGCCCCGCAAACACCUACCGGCUGUCGCGGCGCUGCGUGACGGAGCAGGAGUGCCGCGCGAUGCCGCCGCCGCAGCCCGCGGAGUCCAACCAGCCGCCGCCCAACAUCCGCGCCUACAAGAUCCUCAACAACACCUGCGUCUACAUGUGCCCCAACGACUAUAUGGAGGUGGGCGACGUACACAACGGCACGUGCAGGCCGUGCCUGCCGGCGGGCUGCGUGCGCGAGUGCAACGGCGGCCGCGUGGACUCCGUGGCGGCCGCGGAGCACUUCCGCGGCUGCACGCGCAUCAAGGGCACGCUCGAGAUCACGCUCAGAGCUAGCGGCGGUAACACGAUAUCAGUUCUGGAAUCUUCCCUGGGUGAGAUCCGCGAGAUCGACGGCAGCCUGAAGGUGGUCCGCUCGUACCCGCUGGUCUCCCUCAUGUUCCUCAAGAAGCUGCGCCGCAUCGGAGGACAUAACACCGAUGCUAAAACACCGAGUUUGUACAUCUCGAACAACCCUAACCUGGAGAUGUUGUGGGACUGGUCGGUGCACAAGCCGAUAGAGAUAACGCGAGGGAAGCUGUACAUCCACUUCAACUCCAAGCUGUGCUACAACCACAUCCUGGAGCUGAGGAACAUGACGCGCGACCCCAUCUCCACCUUCGACACUAUUGAGGUCUCCGCAGAGAGUAAUGGCGAUCAGGCAUCCUGUUUCCAAGACGUGCUGGAGCUGAAGGUGAGCACGCUGAAGCAGCGCGCGGCGCUGCUCACGUGGCGGAUGUACUGCGCCAUGGACAUCCGCAACAUCCUCGGAUACUCCAUAUACUACAUCGCCGCAGAACACAACGUCACCCUCUACGGACAGCGCGACGCCUGCUCCGACACGUGGAGUGUGAAAGACAUACCGAUAGACAACGCGCGGUUCACCGAUAAUAAGACGACGCCGAUCGCUUUGAACGGGCUGCGCGACCCUUGCGAGGACAUGCAGCCCUUCUUCUCCCCCAUCUCACCCCUCGUGCCCUUCAGGCGCUACGCCGCUUACGUCAAGACCUACACCACCAAGCAGGACAAGAAGGGCGCGCAGAGCCCCAUCAUAUACUUUAAGACCUUGCCCGAUUCUCCCAGCCCGCCGCUGGGGCUGACAGUGGAGCUGCGCACGCCGCACUCCGUGCAGAUCAAGUGGCAGCCGCCCGCGCUGCCCAACGGCACCAUAUCGCUCUACCACGUCGAGAUACAGGCCAACAGCUACAACAGGCGCACCAUCCUCGCAGACAACCUCAACUACUGCAGCAACCCGAGUGCCUUAUCCAAUAUGAUAACGGUACGCAACGAGGAGGUGGCGGAGGGCGGGGAGGGUGCGGGGGGCGCGGCGGAGGGCGAGGCGGGCGGGAAGGGGGCGGGUGCGGGUGUGGGGGCGGGCGAGGUGGGCGGCACGUGCGCCUGCGCGCCCACGCCUAACGAGCGGUUCACGUCGCGCGCGGAGCAGGAGCGCAUUGACAGCAUCGACUUUGAGAACUUCAUACAGAACCAUGUUUACAUACGUAAUGAAAAAGUUAAAACUCAAAAAUCGGGCGGCGGCAAAGUGAAGCGGGCUAUAGAGAAAGAAAUAAACAGCAUGUUGGUCAUCUUGAGCGGAUAUAACAAACCGAAACAAGGCUUGAAGUACUACAACUCUACCGACACUGAAGGAUACGUAAAGUCGCUGUACUUCGAGCUGGAUGGCAGCGCGCGGUCGCUGGUGGUGGAGGAGAUGCGGCACUACACCUGGUACACCGUCAACCUGUGGGCCUGCCGCCAGAAGCAGGGCUACGAGCCUGAGGACAACUACGACAAGACUUGGUGCUCCGGACGCACGUUUAACACCUUCCGGACAUUAGGGCUGCCAAACGCCGACGUGGUUCAGGAUGUCCGUGUGGAAGUGAUAACAUCAAACAAGACGCUGCCGGAACUGAAUGUAACUUGGAAGCCGCCGGACAACCCGAAUGGAUUCGCAAUAGCUUACUUCGUGCAGCACUCGCGGAUCGUGGACAACAAUCAAGCGCAGGACGUGGGGCUGCAGCGCUGCAUCACGGCGACGGACUACGAGGCGAACGGGCGCGGCUACACGCUGCGCAACAUGGCGCCCGGCAACUACAGCGUGCGCGUCACGCCCGUCACCGUCAGCGGCGCCGGCAACGUCUCCGCGCUCGUCUACGUCUUCAUACCGGACCGCGACUCGGAGGCGGGGUUCCUGUGGGCGUGGGGCGUGGCGGCGGGCGCGCUGCUGCUGGUGCUGCUGUCGGGCGGCGCGUGGUACGCCCGCCGCGCGCUGCCCUCGCACGAGGGCAACAAGCUCUUCGCCACCGUCAACCCCGAGUACGUGUCCACAGUCUACGUGCCCGACGAGUGGGAGCUGCCGCGCUCCAGCAUCGAGUUCAUACGCGAACUGGGACAGGGCUCCUUUGGAAUGGUAUAUGAAGGUAUCGCUAAAAGCAUAGAAAAAGGUAAACCGGAAACUCGAUGCGCUGUGAAAACUGUAAAUGAACAUGCCACUGACAGGGAGCGCAUCGAGUUCCUGAACGAGGCGUCAGUGAUGAAGGCUUUCGACACUUACCACGUGGUGCGGCUGCUGGGCGUGGUGUCGCGCGGACAGCCCACGCUCGUCGUCAUGGAGCUGAUGGAGUGCGGAGACCUCAAGACCUACCUGCGCUCGCACCGGCCUGAUGCUGACUCCUCGCUGCCCAAGAAGGACGACGGCGCCCCGCCCACGCUGCAGAACAUACUGCAGAUGGCGAUAGAGAUAGCGGACGGCAUGGCGUACCUGUCCGCCAAGAAGUACGUGCACCGCGACCUGGCGGCGCGCAACUGCAUGGUCGCCGGAGACCUCACCGUCAAGGUCGGCGACUUCGGCAUGACCAGAGACAUCUACGAGACGGACUACUACCGCAAGGGCACCAAGGGCCUGCUGCCCGUGCGCUGGAUGAGCCCCGAGAGCCUCAAGGACGGGGUGUUUUCAAGUAACAGUGACGUAUGGAGUUACGGUGUCGUGUUGUGGGAAAUGGCGACGCUCGCGAUGCAACCCUAUCAGGGUUUAUCAAACGAGCAAGUGGUGCGGUACGUGGUGGAGGGCGGAGUGAUGGAGCGGCCGGAGCACUGCCCCGACCGGCUUUGUUGCGUGUUGUGUUGCGCAGAGGAGGAGGUGGAAUGCGCGGAGGUGAACGUGGGCGCGGUGGCGACGGGCUCGGGGUCCAACCUGUUCGGGGUGUCGGGGCGUCUGGCGACGUGGGUGCGCGAGCUGUCGUCGCUGCACUCGCGCGCGGAGGACGACGCGGCCGCGCAGCCGCUGCAGCCGGCGCGCGCGCACAAGGGGCCCAACGGCGUGCUGCACGACCCCCUCGACCUCGACGACACCACCGGCUGCUAGCGCCGCGCGCUCCCCAGCGCACCCCGCGCACCCCGCGCACCCCGCGCCGCACAGCCUCUUAUCUACCUCAGGCCGGCGAGCCAGUGCGCCGCGCUCUUCGAAUCCUAGUUGUAAGCGUAGCUAGUGAAUUGUUCGCCUUGUUUUAUUUAUUUCGUACGCUCGAUCCCGCGAGGGGCCGCCGCGACCGCCUCGCCGCCUCGUCACCUCGCCGCCUCUCGCAUACAGACAUCGAAAUUAAAAAAAAAAAAACGUUUUAAUAAUAUAAGGAUUAGUCAUAUUAAAUUGCAUUUUAGUGCAUGACGGUAUGAUAUCGAUAUAAUUGUAAAUUCAAUUAAUAUUUUAUGUAUGAACUACAUAGAUUUUUUUACAUUAUGCAUGAUUACUUUUGUAAUAAUAAGUAUUACUGUUUUUGUUACAUAUUAUUUAAUACAUAGAAAACAGUUAAAAGAGACAUACACUAUUGUACAUAUCGUUUAAAAUAUACGAAGCUGAAUAGAUAGCGUUGUUCGCUUGUGCAUAUUUAAAUUUGGAUGUACAUUUAUACCAAUUUGAAAGCAUAAGAGGUGCAUUUAGUCGGAACGACGACAUCGUAAGAGUGUCAAAGACGGCAAGAGUUCGCCAAAGGCGGCAAUAGUUUGCCAGAGACGGCAAGAGUUUGCCGGAAGCGGCAAGAGUUUGCCAGAGGCGACAAGAAUUUGCCAGAGGCGGCGAGAGGUCGCAGCGGCCCUACCUACGAAGGUUCACUUUCAUAUCAAGGACAAGAACAUUUGCGCCGGAGCUGUAUAAUAGAGUCGAUAUAUCGACGUGGAUCCUAUAUAGUGUACCUCAGUAACAUAGUUGUAUCGAAAGUCAUUUAUGACCGCAGCCUAUUAUCGUUAAGUUUACAAUGUAAGGUGUAAAGUGUGUAUAGGUGUAGCGUUAAGAUUGUGUACAAAUUAUUUUAUAUUAAUUUCUCGUUAUAAAUAUAACCAGCGGAGUCCUGUUGCAGCGCGCGUGGUUACUCGCGAGUGGCAAAUUCGUUUGUAAAAAUAUUGUAGUUGUCGCGAGCGACCGAGCGUUGCUACGACGGACGCGCUCCGGCCGCGAGUUUGCCUCUCGCGACGCUUUAUGUUAUAACAAAUAUAUUUGUAUAUUUAUAAUACUCAUUGUCCGUUUCAUUGACGUUGAUUGACUACGAUUUUUAUAUGAAAUUGUUAAUUGUCAAUAUUCAAAUAUAAUAAUCGAAAUUUAGAUGAAAGAUGCAUUCAAAUAUUAUAUUAAUAAUUUAGAAUGACUUGAAUGACCUGUUUAUUAUAAUAUAAAUAAUAAUUCGAUCGUAAUCAUAUCGAAGUGAUUUCCAAGAAUAACGUUGAAACAAUGUGUUCUGUAUCAAUUAUAAGGCAAUAGAUAAUGAACUAUUGUUACAUAGCCGUAGUCCGGUCGUCCAGUGCGGGCGAGCGGCGGCUGGUCGCAGCGACGACAACCGACCUUAACUUACACUAGCUCUAAUCUUAUUUAUUAUUUCAUGUGAUUUAACCUUACUUAAUGUAACUUAAGUAAUGAAAGUACCGGCAUGCAUCGAGUGUUGUAAUGUGCGGAACAUUUGUUUGCAUCAUUGUUAUAUAUUUUCUUAUAAGAUGUAAUGUACUAUAUCUAAUCCGGCGACGUAACGGAGUCGCGACGUGUUCGCACAGUACCUGACGACGACGUAACUGAUAUUAUAAUGUAAAAACGUCCACGUUGUCGACAAGCGACCCUUAUUAUCCCAAGUGACUUUUACAUGUUAUGCUGUUUUAUAUAAUUAUAUUAAAACAAUUUUUAAAUGAACUUCUCGCGUCAUAUAUGUAAAAUAUACAACAUUAGCUACAUAAUACAUGUUACAUAAAUAUAGCCAACCAAAAUUAGAAAGCAAUACACAAGUCCCAAAGCAUUAGAUCCCGCUUCGCGGCCGAAUCCGGGUCUAAUGUAAGUAUAAAUAUAAUGUUAUUGUUGUCGUAUAAGGGUAUAAACGAGUGCCUUCAAAAGUCCAGCCUUCAAUGGAAUGCAGGCUCGAUGAUAGCGAGCAGCCCGCGGCCUGUGUCGGUGCAGUGUCCUCACGCGCUAACACCCCGAAGUGCUGGAACAUUAUUGUAUUUAUCCCGUUGAAAUUCCGUCAAUAUAUCAUAUGAAUAUUCCACAAGCAUUAUAGUAAUAGUUAAUUGUAUAAUUGAUAGCCUGCAAUACGACAUGGGUUGGUGGUCGUGGACUAUGUAUGUGUAGCGCGAGACGCGGUGGUUCCGGGCUCAAGGCACGCUGCAUUGGUUUGUUUCUCGAUAGCCAUUAUUAAACUUUCGAUUUUCUAAUUGUUUUUUAAAGUUGUAAAUCCAAAUGUUUUAAUUAAGUAAAUUGCAUAGUGCCUUUUGCUCAAAUUUGUGAAAAUGUAACAUGUUUUAUUUUUGUUAAUAAUUAAAUAUAAGGUUAUGAUUGGGUCCGUAUGCCGGCGCACGGCGGGCGGGGCGCUGCGGCAGUGGGCGGGGCGCCUCGCACAACGUUGCCUCUACACAGCGUUACCUUCGGGCUUCACUAAUUAAUUACCUUCGUUACUUAUGCUCUUAUCUUUAUCAGUAUUUACUAUUUAUUGUGAUUUCCACCUAGUAAGGCAGUUACGUUACCUCAUUCUUAGUAAUUAUGUUAUUCGUAAAUUAUUGACUGAUAUAAUAAUUUCCAAAUGAUGUGUUCCUCGAGUGAUUGUGUUGUGUUCGUGUAUCGGAUUGGAUCGGAUCGGAUCGUAUCGGAUUGGUGGUGUCGGGGUAGCGUUGUGCUUUAUGCUCAAUUUAGAUACAAUUUCACCAAACGAUUGAGAUAGUGUAUAAUUUUUAUAUUUAAUUUAACGAGAACCGAGUACCUAUUAACAAUAAUUUUAAUAUUUAUAUUAAUAAAAAGUUACAGAAAUUAGCCAAGUAUAGUUUUGAAUAUCGAUGUAUCCUAAAAAUACCCCUUGUUUAAAUAUAUUUUGUACCAAGUAAGGAACAAGGUCUAUAAAUAUCUCAAGAAUAAAAAUUGAUUUUUCAAUUU